UUGCUUAAUCUAUGGUUGGUUUGCUAAGUUUAUUUGUCUAUGAUAUUGUAGAUCGCUUUAUCGCAAAUAAUGGCUAGUUUUGUUUGUAUUCUGUGUUUAUAUCGGAAUAAACUGUGUUUGAUAGUAUAAAUUUAAAUUAAAAUGUAUAAAAAUAAACUAGUUGUUGUAUUCUGGUCGUAAUAUCGUAUGUGUGUAACUCACAAUUAAAAGCCAAAAGUUAUUUUCGGUUUCGGCGUGUUUUUGCGGUGAACUAAAUAUCUAGUUGAUUUACUAGGAUGGAUUCACCGCAAGAAUUCAAUUGCAUAUUUUGCAAAGACAAUUUUGAGAGUAAAGAGGAGCUACAAAUACAUUUCAGGAAACAUGGUGAUCCAAAAUUUAAUCAAAGUACAAAAAAUAAAGCACGAACGAAUGAUACUCCAGGCGAGAAGUCUAAUGAAGAGGUUGAGAUGAUAAGCUGUGAUGUGUGCACGGAAUUAUUUCCGACUAUUUCGAAGGCAAUAACUCACAAGCACAAGUUCCACCCAGACCACGACGCGAAGUACUUCUGUCCCUGGUGCGGAAAGCUGUUUACGAUGAAGCAUUUAUACAAUAAACAUAUAAAUACCAACCAUGAGAAUGACAAAAUGAACACAGAAGAUUUCCCUUGUGAUUGCUGUGAUGUUACCUUUUACGAGCCAUCUGCGAUGUUGUACCAUAAUAAAUUUUUUCAUAGACAGGAUACUGAUCUGCCGGCUAUCGGUCAUUCAAAGAAAUUAAAAAUGAUUAAUCAGUGUUCCUUGCUGAUUUACUACUGUCCCUUUUGUGGCCAACAAUAUAACAAUAAGGUCAAUUUACAUAAACACAUGAUAGAUGACCAUAGUGAUGAAAACCAGAGUCCAGAUGACGUGCUGCGUUGCCCUCUUUGUGAUGCCAUAUUUUACCAUUUAGAUGCAUAUGAACAUCACCUCUCAUUUCACAGUAUUGAAGAUAUGUAUAAUGAAAGUAAUGAAAUGGCUGAAACUGUGACAGAGUUUUCACUGGAGUCAGUUCCGCCUAUAAUGGAACGAGUUGAGAACUUAGAGCCAGACCCUAAAGAAAUGUCUGAAGGUGGUGCUAUUGGUUUAGAUGAUUUGCUGAUGGCAAUGGGCAACUCAGAAGAUAAUCCGAAGAAAUCUAAAAAGCAUAAGAAACACAAGAAGUCUAAAAAAGCAGCAAUAACGUUGGACGAAUUCCUAAAUAUGAAUAAAGAUGUUUUUGGGGAAGGCAUAGAUUUUCAAGGCAUAGAAGAAGUACCUUCACAAAUAGUGGCAAAAAGAUUUAAAGUAAAAAAGAAAGCUGCAUUACCAAGCAGUGGUUCGAAAAUGUCGGCUAAGGAUAUUGAAAAAUUACGCAAACAAGGGAUCAUUAUUAAGAAAGGAGGGACUUCAGUGAAGAAACCGAUACCAACCAUAGUUCAACCAACGCCUACUAAAGUCCAAGCAGUACCUAAUAAAAGUGAUUUAAAUGUUAGCACACAAAACCAGUCUGCUGCUGUUAAUCCACCAAACGAAGUCUUAACAAAACUAAUUAAUCAAAGUAAUAAUCAAAUAAAGAUAGUAAGGAAACAUACACAGAAUAUAAGUGAGGCAAAUAGCGCAGAGGAUGAAAAACCUUCAUCACCUGAAAAUAUAGAAGUUGAAUGUGAUUUAAUACAAAGGUACACGUCGUCUGAAACCGAAGGGGAGGAGAAACCUGAAAACAGAAUUAAUAAGUUGAAUGAGGAUGGCAUCUCUGACACUGAUUCAAAUAAAACAAAAUUUUUAGUUGAUAUCGAAAGUUCAAAUGUAAAAAAUGUUUGUAUAAAAUCGAAUCACAUUUUCCAGAAUAACGAUGAAGACGCAGAUGAUUAUAAUAAAAAUAUAGAUCCCAGUGACAAAAUUAAAAAUAGUAAUAAUCCUCUAACUGCUUUGAAAAAUGUAAGCCAACAUAUUAUCGUUAAAUCUGUGGUUCCUUCCGGAAAAAAUGAUUCUACAACUAAAAAUGAAGUAUCUACCAAAGAAAGUGAUGAGGAACCAAGUGAAUUAAAACAAACAGUUCAUUAUGACAUGAAAGAUAAAAAUAUAAAUGAAACUAGCGACAAAUCUCUAAAUGCAUUAAAACAUUUGAGUCACCUUAUUACUAUUAAACCAGUUGCACAAGCUAAGCCAACUUCGCCAAUUAAUAGUAGACAAUUUUCUGAGAUAGAAAAUACUGAUAAUGUUCAAAUGAAUUCUGGGGAUGGCGAGGAUACGAAGGAUUCCCAAAUAACUCAACAAAAUAACAACCCUACAAUAACUAACAAGAAUAUAAUGACACCAAAACUAGAACAAAAACAAACAUCCCAGAAAUCUUUAAAUCCGUUUAAAAAUGUCAGUAACAAUGUCACUAUUAAACCAAUGACAAAAAAAAUACAAUCCUCUCAGUCUCAGUCAGACAUGUCACAAUCUUCGGACGAAGAUGAGCAGAUCCUUAAUUCAAUAAAAAAAGUUGCUAAGAAUCAACCCUCCGUACGUCAAAUAGCCGUUAAGCAGCAAAAUGAAGUGAAAAGUCCAGCAUUGUCACCCAAUGUAGUAAAAAUAAACCAGAGUGGUGUAAGAAAUUUACCAAGCAAAGACCCGAAAAGUCUUGAAGUCAAUACAAAAAAUCUAUCUAAUGUAGAUCUUUUAAAAAAUCUUAAAAAUGUUACAGCUAAACCAAUUAGUAAUUCUAAAAGUGUACAAAUAAACAAAUUUAUGACACCGGUUAAUCAAAAACUAACACAAAUUAAAAGUAACAAGGAAAUAAACAACGAAAUAGAAGUUUAUAACAUUGAUGACUCUGAUAGUGAUAAUGGAGAUGACCAUUUACCCAGUGAAUCGUUAAAAACGAAAGUGUCAGAUAUACAAACCAGCAAUUUACAUUCAAAACCUACGCAAGCAUUCAAACACUUGAAUAAAUACCUAACAAUAAAACCAACUCAUCAAAAAAGCCCACAACUAAAUAUUAAACAAGACCUCGAUCAAGACGAAUUUACAGAUUUACCACAAGAGGACUUUGACACAGAAACUGAACAUAAUGAAGAUAAAAAUAAAGCACAUUUCAAUAAGACUAAUAAAAUGCUUCAAAAUACACUAAAAAACUUAAGUAAACAUAUAACAAUAAAGUCUAGGAAUUCUUCACCAAGUUCAAUAGUUUCCACCUAUGGUAAUAAAAAUGGAAAUUCCAAUGACAAAUUCGAUAACAAUUUUGAUAGUGACAAUGAAUCUAAUGCAGGAAGAGUGCAAAUUACUGAAGUUGACGAUGAAUGCCCAAGGAAAAACGAUGAGUUUGAUGAAGAUUUUGAUGCGAUUGUUCAGUCACCUCAUGAUUCAGACAGUGAUGAUGAUGGGGACCACUCACAAAAUAAAGACUUUGAAGAUAUUGAAAGCAAAAUACACGCAAAUACAGUCAAGAGAAAUGAAAACAAAAAUGAGGAAAGUUUUAAAAAUGUUAGUAAGGCUAUUACAAUUAAGUCUUUAGGCGAAAAUAAGGCCCAGUUGUAUACAGAGACAGCCGCUACGACAAAAGGUCUUGUAUCGUUACCUAACAACAUUAGCAAAGAAUUAUCUAUAAAGCCUUUCAAACAGGGUACAAAUGAAUGCAAUAGUAAUACGAGUCAACAGCCUAAUAAAAUAAGUCCACAAAUAAUUGAUAAAAACAAUAAAGGUGCAGGACAGCAAAUAACGCGUAACCAAUCUUCCAAUCAAAAGAUUUGUAUGUCAAAGAAUCAAAUAAAUACAGUAAACAAAGAGGUGACUGUGAAAACUUUUCAAUCUAAGACUGUAAUAGAGGAGAUCACUACUACUGUUACAAAGACUAUUAAGACUGUCAACCAAACUGUGAAACAAGAAGUUCAAACAGCUAGUCAGUCGUGUACACAUAACGUGCUACGGCAAGUACAAGGUUUGAAGCCGCAGACUCAACAACCUGUAAAAAACUACCAAGGUGUAGUAGUACGGCAUGCAGCGCCAGUGGGUACCAAAGUAAGAAGCGCGAUGAACCCUGUGAGGUCUCCUAGACCUCCAGCCAAAAUAUCCAAUCAGUUAGUCCCUGUGAGGUCAGUUAUCCCUAUGAAUGUAAGAGCUCCAAGAAUGCCCACAUUAAGAAGCAGUACUCCCUCAACUUCUACAAAUAGUCCGAAGCCAAUCAAAAUGUCCCCAAACAUAGUAAAUACUGCUAUGAAUAAAAGACCAAUUGCAACAGAACCAUCCGGUCCAUUUAGUUGUUUCAAAAAACCAAAAGAAUCAUUAAUACCUGUGUCAGAAAUGUCGAGCUUCGACACUAGAGAAGACGAAUCCACAGUAAGCCUCGCUUCUUCGACACAAGUGAAUAAAUCGAAUGUUAUGAAUAUGACAAGGACUGUAAAAGGUAACACGGUUGUUAGUUCAACACAGAUGAAAUCUGAAAUUAGUUCCUGUUCACAACAACUGGAAAAGCUCAACAAUAUGUCGGGUUUAAGAAUAGUUAAAACUAGUCAAGUGAAGCAGGCAUCCCACGCAGAGGAAAAACAUGAAGUGAGUCCUGCUAAGAAGAUUACUUUAGAAGCAAUUGAAAAAUUACAAAAGCAAGGUUUAUUAGUGAAAAAACCUCGUCUCGAUUCAAACCGCGAAGACAGGUACUCUGACGACGACGAUGGAGAGGGCAACUUCCCACAAGACGAAGAUUUCGAUGAUGAUUAUUUUUCUUAAUAUGUUGCCCGUAAACAUUCAGGAAAAUAACAAAGUAUUUAGUUUGGAAUCUUGAAUGAAUAUUAGUAAUUUACUUUGAUACAAGGGUGAUCGGUACAGUAAUACUGAACACUGACUGAAUUCAUAAUAUUAAUUUUACAGUAAACAUAUUGUUUUGUAUGGUACCUAAUUAUUGAAAGUUAAUUAUUUACAUUUAUAAUAUUAGUAAGAAAAUAGUUGAUAUGAUAUCAAUGAUACUAUAUCCAUUUUGUAUAUAUAAAUACACAAUACAAUAUUAUAAUUUUGUAUAUAGUAGAUAUAUAAGAAAUAGUGAAACAAGCUUAAGAAUAUAAGAAUUCCUUUUUGUUGUAAUUUAUUACGAGUUAAUAACAGAUUGUUCCUAGGAUAUUUAAUACUUUAUUAAAAUAUGUCACAUA